AUACAUUGAGCAAAAUGUAAAGAUUUUAGAAAUGGAAAGAACAGCGCGUCGUCGACGAAAAAAAGAAAUAAAUUUCACUUACUUUUAAUGUUACAAAUUAACGGAGGGCGGACUUGAAAGUACGGCCUGCAGACUCAAAAUGACAAAUAUUAUUAAGAGUUGCUGAAAUCGGUUUCCAAAUUGCAUGCCAACAACAAUGCGUGAGUUUGUUUUUACUUUUUUUUUUCGUUACAAAAAUGCAUAAAAAAACGAAAUUUACCUAACAAUUGCGACUAGGGCACGCGUGCAAGUGAAUAAAAGCGGAGAUGCAUUGACGGAAGAGAUAAUACUACCAAAAAACAGAUUUCUAAAAAAGUGAAUCAGAAUUUUUCCAGCGCACAUACACGCAUGCACAUUGCACACAUAUGCAUACACAGAAAACAAACCAGUUGUUGGUGUUGUAAAUAAGUGCAAGUAAAUCAGAGACAGUAGCAGCGAUCGGAAAAGUCGCCAUAAAGCAAAAGAAAGGGAACAAACCAGAGGGAGAGAGAGAGAGAACGUGCAACGAGCACAGGGAAAAGUGGAAAGGCAGCUCCACCCCCUAUUUGGGUGCACCACACACGCUUGGCUGGGUACGCGACAGCAGAACGUCGAACGUCAGUCAGGCAUCAACGGCUCCCCGGAAUCAUUAGCAGGCAAGCAUUCCACCUCCUAGCCAGCAGCAGCCCCCGUCAGUCUGUCUGUCUGCCAGUUUGAGCGGCGGCACUCUCUGGAAAGCAAUUUUCUGGUAGCGACGGCAACGGCAAUCAAGAAACGGCGAACAGAAAUAAUCGUUCCGGCGAAAAAGACAACACAAUCAGUUGCCAGAAUGGAGCUGAAAGUCUGGGUUGAGGGCAUCCAGCGGAUUGUGUGUGGCGUGACGGUGAAUACUACGUGUCAGGAUGUGGUGUUUGCCUUGGCCCAUGCCACGGGCAAGGUGGGGCGCUUCACGCUGAUCGAACGAUGGCGCAAUAAUGAAAGACACCUGGCUCCCAAUGAGAAUCCCAUGAAGCUGCUACUCAAAUGGGGCGAGUAUGCAAAUGAUGUGCAAUUUAUACUGCAGCGUUCGGAGAAUAAAGCUCAGCAGCAGCCAACGAAUACGCAGCAGCAGAGCAACAGCAACAAUAACAAUUAUGCUGUGAUGACAACGAAAAAACCGCUGGGUCCAAACAAUAGCAAUAGCAACAGCAGCGGGAAGGCAGCACCGACCUUGCUAAAACAAAAAUCGAAUGUGGAACUCAGCUACCGGACAAAGGAAUUGAAAAAGAGCUUUGGGGGCUACGAUGCCAAGCAGUUUGAUAACAUUGGGAUAGUCAAGGGCAUACCCCAGCAGCAGCCACCGAAUCCCGUGAAUCACAUUAUCACACCGGUAGCAACGCCUUCGCCAUCGCCACCGCAAGCAGCCAAGGAGCAAGUGGCGCCGCCUCUGCUGGAUAACAUUGCACCCAUAGUGCCCAAGCAUGAGAAAUCCUUGUCGAAUCCCCUGGAAAUGAGCAGCAGCACUGUCUCCAAUCGGGCUGCCGUAGCCAAUAAUGGCUAUAAUGAUUUGUACAACAACAACAGCAGCAAUCAGCAUAUUUAUAGCCAGCUAAGCAAAUCGAGCAACGAACUGCGGCGCGCCAGCCCCAAUGAAAUGUACUACAAUAAUAACAACAAUAACAAUAUUAACAAUAACAACUCACCCGAGCUUUAUAAACAAACUACUCAAAUACCAACGAUAUCGGCAAAUGGAGCUCUGGUGCCGCCACCGUAUCGUGAUCCACCGCCACCCAGGAACAGUCCCAUGUGCCAGAACCAACGCAGCAAUGCCGAUACCAUAUCCAACGCCUCCUCCUCAACGAAUCCCUUUCACAGCGACUACGAUCAACACAAUAACAACAACAAUAACAGUGGCAGUGUAUCCAUGGAGGAGGGCGAAACAAUGAUGUUCCAAGCCACGCAAUAUAACGAUCUUUUGCAGUUGAUAAAAUUUCAGAGAGAGAAAAUCACAGCACAGCAAAUGGAAUUACAAAAGUUUGAUACGGAAAUCGUUUAUUUGGAGAGCAAAGAGCGUGAUCAUGCCCAUGAGCUGGAGGCCAUCUCGAGGGAAAUAUCCAAGGCCGAUCAGACCUUUCGUCAGGGCAGCGAACAGCUGCAGACAUUACAAUAUGUGGAGGAGGAAAAUGAAUUGGUCAAGCAGCAGGAGAAGACCCUCAAGUCGGAAAUCGCCUUGCUGCGCUCCAAAUUGGCCAACUGUGAGACAGAGCUGCUGCAGUGUAAGAACAAAAUGCGCCUGCUGAUGGAUGACAUAGAGCUGGAGCAGCAACAGCAGCAGCAGAACAAUCGGCAAACGGUGGAGCGUGAUUUCCUGAUGGAAAUGGAACGGAUACAGAGCGAAAUUGAUCAGGCAUUGCACAACACAGACACCUCGAACAAGACGGCGGAUAACCUGAAGAAGGAGCUGCUGAUGAUCGAGCAUGCCAUUGCCGAGAAAAAGCGGCAGGUGGAGCAGUUGGUCAACGAGAUGAAGGAGGUGAAUCUGCAGAGUCUGACGACUUUGACCACCACAGAGGAGAUCAAACAUCUGCUCGAGGGACAAGCCAACAAGCAGGGCAGCAGUCGUCGAAUCAUUGGCUCCCCGAGGCAGCUGGAAACGGCAGUACCGACUAGUAAAAAUCCGCACGGCGUUUGGGUCUGAAGCACCACAGCACAGCAGCAGCAGCACACAUCGAAACAUACAUAUUUUUCUAAGCGUUUUUUCAACAACAACAAUGUUUUCUGGGAACAAACAAUUUGACGGACAGGACAUAUCUUGAAUGCAUAAUGGAGUUGAGAGAGCACAACGCUUCCAUAUGGAUAUCACAAUUAUACACCAUAUUCUAUACAAAUUUACAAUGAUCCAUCCGCGUGCUUGGAAGGCAUUGCUUUAGCUAAUUAACUUUCCGAAAUAACACUUGAUGGAUCUCUCAAAGCAAUGAUUAUAAUUAUUGUUACAAUUUUACAACACACACAAAAUAUCUGCACAAAGUUCAGUGUACCAUGUUUUAUCUACAUUCCAAUUAUUUUAGUUUCGUGUGCUAUACUUUUGAUUAGUUUUUGUUGCUAGUCUGAAAACCCCUUCCAAUCUCCAACAAAACAAAACGCCGCCAUUAGCUGUUAAUUUUACAAAUACGAACAUUAAUUGUUGCAAUAAUUCGAAACGCCUUUUUACCAUUUAAGUAGUGCACUUAGUGAUUCGCUUAUGGAUGGAUUAAUGGAUUCACAAAUUACACAAAAAUCUAUUGUACUUAAGCAUUUAGCGCAGCUUUAGCAAAAAAAAAAAACAAUUACAAAUUAGCAAUGCUUU